AUGGCCCAAUACUACCCCCAACAACCAUCCUACGGCUCUCAGUCCUCGCCACAAAACCUCCAAUUCUACCCCUCCUCCUACACAGUCUCGGGCCAUACAACGCCAUCUCAGGCAUCGUACGGUGUUGGGUAUGGUGGCCAACCAGCACAGGCCUACCCUAGCGCAGUGGGCGGCAGUGCUGGAGGGUAUGGAGGAGGAGCAGGUUUCGGCAGUGGCCCUGCAGGGCCAUCUGUCUCGGGCAGAAUGGGAGAACAAGGUGGAUUAAGGACCGGGUGGUUGGCAGCUUUUGGCACGGAGGGAUAUGACGGAGAGCCUCCUUUGUUGGAGGAGUUGGGUGUGAAUUUCGAUCAUAUCCAGACCAAGACCCUCACAGUCCUUAACCCUUUCGCACAAAUAGACCAGCAUUUAAUGGAUGAUAGCGAUCUGUACGGCGCAAUUCUCUACAUAGUCUUAUACGGCACGUUCCUCCUCUUCUCCGGCAAAGUGUUUUACGGCUACAUCUACGGCGUCGCAGUGUUUGGCACCUUAGCUCUUCACCUCAUCCUAAGCCUUAUGUCGCCCUCACUAGACAGCCAUGCCGGAUCAUCGCCAAUUCCGAAUGCCGCUGAUCCUGGCAACUACGAUCCCCACCAAAAGCCAUCGGUACCAAGCUCAUCGGCAGCAGGAGGUAUCGGCAGCGGCCAUUUUUCCGCGACUUUAACGUUCCCCCGCUCCGCGAGUGUCUUGGGAUAUUGCUUCUUACCUCUCGUCUUGACCAGUUUGAUUGGUGUCCUACUCCCCAUGGACACCAUGUUCGGGUACCUGCUCACUUCGGCCGCUGUGGGCUGGUGUACAUAUAGUAGCUCUGGCAUGUUCUGUGCCGUGGGACGAAUGCGUGGUAUGCGGUUUUUGGUCGCGUAUCCACUGGCUCUGUUUUACAUUGUGUUUGGAAUUAUGGGAAUUUUCUCGUCGAGGGGUAGUGGCACAUUGGCUGCGAAGACGGGGUCUUUCUGA